GCGUCGCGUCGAUGAGCUUUCGAUGGGAGUGACUUGCCGGAUGUGUUCGUUGCUUAGCACGGUCCCUCGGACGAAAGUGGAUUGUAUAAAAAAAAGUGUAACUUUUUGCAGAAGCAAGUACUCCUUGCUUCUGUCUUUAUUUUUAGGUUCAUUUAUCGAAAGAAAUGCUUCUAAAGAUACGAAGAAAACAUGUUGGACUAGUGACUAAUGUUUUAGUAAAUAAAAGAAAUUUAGAAGUAAAAGACCUGGUUUACUAGAGAGAACUUCAAGAGUAAAAGUUUAUAAUUAAUGCCACUGAAAACAUUUUGUAUAUUCUGUUUCUACAUUUUGUUACGUGGGCCAUUCAUAUUUAUCACAACAAUGAAGAUAAAUGUGGAAAAGAAAUGGGUUACUAUAGGAGAGACAACGAUGAAAAUAUACAAAUGGGUACCAAUCUCGACACUUGAUCAGGUAUUUUAUAAGAAAAAAGGAAAAACAGUCUCUGAUAAGGAAAAUGGUUUACCAAGGAAAACAGGGAUAGAUUCAUCAAAUUCCAAUUUUGGACUAACAGAAGAUUCCAAUACAUGCUCUUCUGAAACGCUAGGUUUCUCCACCGUCAGCGAUUCCCAAGGGCUCACAGAUUUUUCUGCACAUCUGGGUUUUUCGGAAGAUUCAAAUUCCCAAAAUAGCGAACCUACACCUAAGAGAUUAAAGACUGACUAAUAGUCGACCCAUAAUCAACAUCACUGCUAUCAUCGUAUAGGGAUCGACAUAUUUAGGAAUCGCUAUCUUUUGUGAGUUUGCACUCAAUAAUUUUAUGUUAAAUCAUACCUCUCCAAUGGAUGAACCACAAGAAAAGUUUUCUCUCUUUUCUUAUUCAUCCAAAUUUAGUGAGAUCUUCUAGAUAAUAUAUAUAUAUAUACAUAUACAUAUAUAACUAUGAAUAUAACAUCAGUCCUAUGGAACGUUUUCGAUUAUGUAUAACGGAGUUUAUUUUUUUACAUAUGAAUUUAUUACAAAUUUCCCCCAUUGAAUUUAGGAACUAGAGACAACGAUCUGCUAAUUGGAUACAAAAAAAAUGUGACGAAUGCCCGAUCCAUUAGUUAAAUCCUGAUUUUUAUUUUGAAAUAAAUAUAAGGAUGCGAGAUUGUAAAAUAAUUCUGAAAAUUGAAAAAAUUCAGUAGCAAAAAUUAAGAGGCGGAUUGUACAUUCGGUUAUGUACUGUCACUAUAGUAUUUUAUUUGAAAAUUCUAUUUUUCUCGCUAUAAUGAUAUAUCGUUGUAUCAUGAGGUAUCGAAAUACUCGAAUGCUAUUAUGAUCAUUUUGCUAUAAGUCAACUUACUAGAAAAACACGUUCAUAUAUUUACAUAUUUGUAAACAUGUUCACGCGUUUUAGACAUUAAAAAUCAUUGUACAUAUCUCAA